AUGAAAGUCCGGCGACGCGGCCGAGGGGCUCCUUCUCCGAUGAUUCUCCUUGGGGGUACUAUGGCUGUUGUGAGUGGCCCGCAGCCGACCGCGGCCCUGGACGUUGCGCACCUUCUCGAGCGCUUGGGCAUUCGUGUUUCCAGCACAACCGAAACUUUCGGUCAGACGAACACUUGCGGACAGCUCCUUGACCUGCUCGCGAAAAGGCCUGCGAACACCGGACAGGAAAAGGACGGUCUUUCGUAUUGCGUGAAAGAAAUGAACGUGGAUCAGCCUGCUAGAUUGUACGACAAGACCAAUGUCCAGUACCUCGGCGAUGGGCAAUCUGUCGGACUGAGACGGACGGACCUGCUGCCAAAGGAGGACGUAAUGACUCACCUCUGGAAGGAGCAGUGCUGCAAGGAAAUACCUUUGAAUCUUCGAUCUCCUGCUGUAUGGCCCGCUCAAAAUAGCAAAGAUGGUCUCAAUUGUGACAGUCGUGCAGAAGAGGACAGGUCUGGCGUUUUUUUGCUUUGCAAAGCAAGAACUACGCAAAUAAAGGGAGGAGGCCGAGGCAAAUGAAAAUGAUACUAAGCGACUCCUUAAAAAUUAUAUGAUCAGCUGUUAUUAUUCCUUGGUUUCCUGUCUGUCAGAAAUGAAGCAUAUUCUUGCGCAUUUGCGCAGAUGAAAUUCAAAUUCGUCUAGGUUAUUGUUCUCCUUCAGGAUGCCGAUGCAUGCUGCCAUAUUGCAGCUUCGCCCAACAUUUAUUUGAAGCACCUGCCAAGAACGAGAACAACUGUGACUGUCACAGGCCAAGAUGAGAGCAUCUUUUUGCCUGAGCAGUGCAUAUUACGGGGGUGCUGGGUCCGGGAAGACUUCGAAGGGAUGUUGUUGAUUUCGUUGAAUGAGCUGCAGCGGACCACAAGGACAAGGAGGGGUGUUAAGAAAUCAGAUACAGUAGAUUCAGAGAAGAUUGUUUUUGUUUACCAAAUAGAGAAGUUGAUGUAGGAGAAGCUUUGCCGAUCUAAGUUUUUAAUACCAACAACUUGGAAAAUUGUAAUCGUGGCUCCCGGAAGAAAUUGAAAUCUACAUUUACAAUACGAAUACGGAGUACCUCUACCUUCUUUCACGCUGCAUAAAAAUUCUUGGCACGACUUUUCCUCACUAUGUCAAUCUGUAUCAACCUCGUUUUUAAGCCGACGCGAAGAAGAAGAUCUCCCACGCGUGUUGCAGUUUCGUUCCCCAGUCCAAAAUUGAUUGGCGUUUCGUUACCGAAAAGAAUUUUUCCAACGUGACGACGUAAUAGAACGAGUCUGGCUCCUUUAUCUGUUGACUGUACCGGUAACUAGCCAGCGUGAUGAAAUGACGCCUGUAGCUGCACCGAAAAUUUCAAUUUGUACGAGGAUGGAGGACACGAGACAACACAAUUUGUGACUGGAAGCACAGGAAUGUAAACUGGAACCUCCAGCAGCAAAAACCACGACGAAAUCAGAUGCAGGUCAAAGCUUUGACGAUGAUCCACGACGGGCGCGCAACUGCAAUAAUUGAAGUUGUUGUGCAGCAACUUGUGCUGCAGGUACUUACCUCCACGCUCUAUCUCGAAGCAUGAUCCGCACGCGGAUUGUGUCUCGAUCUUCUCGUGAGAUUUUGCAGUAACAAUUG